UCUCUGGAGGAAAAGAGACGCAAGGAGAAGGGACAGAAGUCGCCAUACUUUGGAGAGAGAAGAGGCAAAUAGUCAUCUCCUUGCACAAACCUUCAAGAUCACCUCCUGCAUUCCCAGCUGGACAAGAGGAAACAAAGAGUCAUCCAGUAUGGAAGCUCAAAGCUCCAGCAGCGAUGUCACUGGGUUCCUCUGCCUGGGAUUCAAGGAAGACUCCGAAGAACAGCAUGAUGUGAAAGCAGAGGCUUUCUUUCAGGCUGGAGAGGGGAGAGAGGAGGAAGGUGCCCAGGGCCAACCUGGAAUGGGAGCAGUGGGAUCAGAAGGCAAAGGAGAAGAGUUAAAUGGAGGAGAAGGCCACUUUGGUCCUGGUGCUCCAGGUCCUGUGAGUGAUGGGGACAAGGAUGGUGGCACCAGGGCUAGUGGCGAGGAGCAGGAGCAAAAGGAGUCAGUUGCAGAGGGCACGGAGAGCCAGAAAAAUGUAAAGCCGGAGGAUAAGCAGGUGCCCCUCCAGCGCCCUAGACUCACCCAGGAGCGACUGAGGGAACUGGAGACCAUUUUGCAACGUGGUGAUUCCUUUGAUGUCCCAACAAGGGUGGAUCUUGAUAGAUUGAUGGAUGUCUGUGUGUCCAGAGUGCAGAAUUGGUUUAAGAUUAGGAGGGCGGUGUACAGAAGAAACAUGAGGAGGGCAACACCGAUCCCUGAACAUUUUAGAGCAACAUCCGAGUGCCCUGCUUGUCGUGGAGCAAGAUGGGGAGAAAGAUGUCCUUUUGCGACACAGAGAUUUUGACCACAUAUGCCAGCCAUGACAACUCUUACUUUUCAGCAGUUCUCUCAGCAAUAAAGAGGUAGAUUCUCAGCA